AUGCGCCAUCUCAAUGGGCCACCCGUGUACGAGAAGCGGCUCACGCAGACGAUGCACAAUGGUUCUAAAGAUGGGCUGCGCUCAGUGACGUCGUUUGACGACAACAACACAGUCUGGGAGUGCAAGCGCACACUUGCGCUGUUUAGGUUUGCCCACUGGGCGUACUACGUCUCAUCAAAGACCCCCAGUGAAUCAGUUGGAGAGGAUGAACUUGUCGGUGUGAGUCGCAUCAAGACCACCACCAAUUUUUCAGGUGUCAAGCUGUCCGCGGGGCCGGCGACGUACACCGUCGAGUUUGUGGAUACCAUGACGGCGGGGUUCAAGAUGUACAUGAUAGAGAUUGAGCUCGAGGGCGGCGUUGCAAUGUCCGAGUUUGGGUUCCAGGACGACGAGUUUGUGCCCAGCGUCAAUACGUUUGUACGCGAGGUGCUGAUCCCGGACCGUGUGUGGUCACAGACCAUCUACGGUGAGCUGUUGGCGAUGCGCAUCAUGGGCAAGCUGACUUUCCCCAUCGCACAGGCGGGCACGCUGUUGCCAACAACCCCCAUUGCCCCCGACUCAGUGGUCAUGUACAAGUACGACGGGUCGCGCGCCCUGCUGGUGGUGUGGUGA